GCUUCUGUUACCCACUCUGAUAGUCGUAAUUCCUCUUUUGCAAUGUUUUGGUUUCCAUUAGAUGUUGCAUUUUGCUGCAAGUGUCAAUAUCUACAGCUAGCAAAUUAAAUAAAAAUUACAACUUUGCUAUAUUAUUUUAGCUCCAUCAUUUUCCCCCUUAGCUUUGUGUAAGCAUUUGGUUUUAGGAUUCUCUUUUUUGCUCUUUGCUUUUGUCAGUCCUUGGGUUCUGAGUUUUUCUUUUUCAAUUAUUUUAUUUUAUAUUUUCUUGGGUUGUUGAGUGUUAUAGGAUGUAGAGUGGCAUUGUCUGAGUCAGCAUCUUUUCUGGGGUCCUCCUCUUUUUCCCCAUCUUCUUCUUCUCAAAUUCGAAAUCUUUCUGGUCGAUCCGCGAAUUUUCCCGGUGAAAGUUUCAAGCUUUCAAGCUUUUGUCUCACUGCAAGGUGAUUACAGUUUCUGAUAUUGAUUAGUAAACAGUUGACUGGGAAUGAGAGUGGAAUCAUCAUGUUGAGUGAUGCAUGUUAGGUGUUACUAAUUCGCUGAAAAAAUGUCGAGAAUUACUAAGUGGAAGGUAGAGAAGACGAAAGUUAAGGUGGUUUUUCGGCUCCAAUUCCAUGCUACACAUAUUCCACAAUCCGGGUGGGAUAAAUUGUAUAUCUCUUUCAUCCCUGCCGAAACCGGGAAGGCUACAUCAAAGACAACCAAAGCAAAUGUGAGAAAUGGAGCCUGCAAGUGGUCGGAUCCAAUCUAUGAAACUACAAGACUCCUACAAGACAUUAGAACAAAACAGUAUGAGGAGAAGCUUUAUAAGCUCGUUGUGGGGAUGGGAUCUUCACGGUCUAGCAUCCUCGGCGAGGCCACUAUCAAUCUUGCUGAUUUUGUUGAUGCCUUGAAGCCUACAUCUCUUGCACUCCCUCUUAAUGGCAGUGAUCCUGGACCUACAUUACAUGUUACUGUGCAGCUGCUCACUUCCAAAACUGGUUUCAGAGAAUUUGAGCAGCAGAGGGAACUCACUGAGAGGGGUCUACGGGCAACCUCUGACCAAGGUUCUCAUGAGGAAUCUGCUGACGGCAAAGAUUCGUCUCCGGAUCAGAAUGUCAACAAUCAUAUGCAUAAGGUUUGUGACCUCUGCUGAAAACUACACUUCAUA